ACUUUGAGUAGGUAUCAUUUAUUAUUUAUUUUUACUAUUUGUUAUUAAUAUUAUAAAAUGCAAUUAAAACGUAAAAAGCGUCGAUGUAUCUGUGAAAAGGAAAAACUAUUGAAACAAAUUACUGGUGACCCGCCAUAUUUAGAAUGUACCGAAAUUAAUAAAAUUCGCUUGGGUCUUUUUACUGAAAGAAACUCAGAUGGUACCGCUCAUUUAGUUCUUAGAGGAAAUGAUAUAUAUAGCAGGUACCAGAGGCGCCUUGGGGAUGUCGACAUUCAGGCUCUUAUACUAUACAUACGAGAGUCACCCAAGAGAAUAACACGUCUAGAUUUAUCGUACAACCAAAUAACCGACAUAGGUUUCUUUAAACUAUUAAAAAAAUUACUUAUCAAGGGAAGAUCCAGCAUAAUUAACUUAAAUAUAAUGAAUAAUAAUUUUACAGAAAAGUCGAUUUUGAAUUUGUCAAAAUACGCUGAUUAUUUAAAACUAAAAUAUCUAAGAUUGAAUGGAAACGACUUUGGGGAAAAUGGCGGCCAAUAUUUCGCCGAUUUCUUAGUGAAAAAUAAAACAGUUGAAUUUUGUGAUAUUGGUCAAACAUCGUUAACUUUAACCGGUAUAGCACAUAUUGUUACAGCAUUGAGAAUAGAUCAUGGUGCAAAUAAUACAAUUAAAGUUCUUGAUUUAAACAGACUUGUACCGCUCUCCAAUCGAUAUUCGUAUGAAACGAAAUGGUUAGCAUAUCACAUUGAAUACCUUUUGGAAAGAAACACUAAUAUUAUCGAAUUACAUUUACAAAAGAAUGAAUUCAUAUCCCACGAUAUGGAAUAUAUUGUGAGAGGUCUGCGCAAUAACAAAACACUGCUUUAUUUAGAUUUGGGAUACAAUAAAUUUGGUGAUUAUGGAGCCGGUUUAUUAGCAAAUUAUCUUAAAGAAAACCCACAGUUAAUAUUAAUAAAUUUGGCGGGAAACGGCAUUAAAGACACAGGAGCUCGAGCACUGAGCUUUGGGUUGCCGUAUUCAAAAAUUCGCGCGUUAGACAUGAGUAACAACAAGCUAACUGAUGAUGGCCUUUUGGACCUGUUGAAUACUUUGAAAAAGGCUUUUUACUUGAGAUUUUUUAAUAUUUUUGGUAAUGAAAUUGGCCAUGAAACAUGUGUUGUUAUAGAAAGAAUGCUUCUAAGUGGCGCAUUAUUUCAACAUACAAUUGACGUCAGGUUAUAUGAAGUCGACGAAGUUUUACAUGCCGCUUACUAUCCAAAUCCUGCUGAUCGUAAUAAGCAUAAUUAUUACUGUGAAUUAGAGUUCGGAUUUGCACAACCUAUAUAUCAUAUAAGACGUAACGUCCUGCCAGAGAAGAAAAUUGUGAAAGUGGAUUGUAAGCAACGACAUAAAUUAGAUAAGACUGAUAGAAAUCGCUUUUGAUUCCAAUGAUUUAGGUUUUUAUCAGCUUUUGUUAUUUGCAUUUGAUUUCAAUUACAUUUAUUAUUUACUUU